AUGCUGCAGAGCGUGGGGGGGUCUCCCAAAUAUUUCUCACAUAGAACUAUUUUUAACGCCUUCAAAAGAUCGCUGAGCAAUGCCAAGGAAAAUCUAAUAGAUGCGGAGAGCAGGAAGAUAGAAAAGACGCUCCUCUACAUGGAACAAUGCAUAGCAGAAGAAAAUGAGCAAAACGGAAAUUUGCUGAACUUCAAAACGGUGUGUAACCGAGAGGACAAAUUAAAGGGCAUACACAUGAACCUGGUGAAAAUGUCGUACAUGUUAAAAAAUAUGCGAAUAAAUGAACAGAAAUGGCUAGCCAUUUAUAAGCAAAUUAGCGGCCUCCACCCCCUUGAUGAAGGUCUCUUGAGAGGGAAAGCAAACAAACGUGUCUCCAAAAUGGAAAAAAUGGAUCAAGAAAAGGACAAUUUCGCGUCUGAAAAACUCCCCCCCAAUAGGGCUGUACAUGAUAAAUUUUCCCGCGAAUACAACCUGCUAAACCUAACCGCAUGCUACGUAUUUCUCUUUAAAGUUUCGAUGAGCCAUCUGAUGAACUGCCUCUGGCUGUACAGGACAAGCAACUAUUUGUUAAUACUAAACUGUUGCGCAGAAUUUUUCCAUUUUUUCUUCAAUUUGCACAGGAGAAAGGGGAUCCAAAAAUUGAACUUCAUUUAUCUCCACUCGGGGAGCCACAAUUAUGCAGAAAAUGUGAAGAAUUUGAAAAGUAAAAGCAACCAAGUGAUCCGGUGUGGAGAGAAUUCCACCAUCGCCUAUCAUUAUGAGGAGCUCUACAAUUUGAAAUAUCACCAAAUAGUUACGUGCAAAAUAAAUCUGAUGACGCGGGUACUGGAGAAUUUAAAUUAUGGCCUACUGGACGGUGUGCAACUGGCCCAGCUAGCCAAUUUCUUCUGCUUCGUAACGAAAUGCGGGGUGGUAAGUGAAAAGGGCGUACAUCACUUUCUCAGUUAUUGCUGGGAAGUGGCAAAAAAGGAGGCAUCCCCAAGUGACGAAGUAGUUCCAAAGGAGGAGGUGCUUCCAAACGGGGUGCUCUUUUCCCAACUGGUCAACACGAUGUACUAUUCCAAAAUUGUCCACUCUGAAUUGGCGUCCCUUUUGGCUAGCUCUUUCAGAAGGGUCAGCCUCGACUCGCCCCACCUUUGCAGAAGGGGCCUCUUCGACAGCUGCCUCAAACUGCUAACGUUGGUAAAGCUGACUGACCAGAAUAUGCACUUGUAUGCCUAUUGUAAGCAUCACAUUUUGAGAGGAGACCCAGAAGAUCCUACAUACGCUUCCAACGUUUGCAACUUCCUUUUCGUGUCGUCCAUUGUUGGCCUGUUUAACCCCCCCCUGAUGAAGUUUUACGUCAAUUUUUUAAAAAAAAAAAAGGAUAAGGCAACAUUUAAAAAUUCCACAAGGCAUAAAAUUUACUACACCUUGUUAGGGUGGGACAUAGUGCUGAACCGGUUCAUAAAAAGGGUAACUGAAGAAAGGAGAGAAACGAUCGAUCUGGCCAUCCUAAAUUUUGAGAGCAAAAGUGUUCACUACCUCUUUUCAAACAAAGUACUUUACGACUUUUCGGAUUUAUCCCACCAGAUAAAUUAUCUAACCCUUUUUUUUAAAAAUAAAAUUAUGCUCAAAAAGGAGGGCAAAAAUUACUACUUAAGUCAGACUGUCAUAUUCCACAUGUUGAAGAAGCACUACGGCAAUGCAAUCUACGAAUACGUAACGAAUGAAAAAAUUCCUCUAGAUGUGUACGUCAACCUGCGUACUAAUGAUCAGCAAAAAAAUGUAGCCAUCGAGUUUAAUGGUAGGACACACUACGUCUUGGUGCUCUCCAAAGGGGGAGACUCAACAGACGCUGUGCACUACACAAUGAGGCAAAACUGCAAUACCAAGUAUAAAAUGUGGAUCCUCUCGAACUUAAAUUUUUAUACCAUUUCUGUUUCGUAUUAUUUCUGGAAUGGGUUGCACGAAUGUCAGAAGGAGCGACACUUGCUUCAUGCGAUGCGGCACCUUUGA